AUGGCAACAGUUUCAGCAACAGGGAACUGCUCCUCCCCGCAGUUCUGCCAGGAGGAAAAUCCCUACGACGAGAACCUGGCCGAGUACCGAAGAGGAUAUGAGAAACUUAUUCAAGCCGCGAACAAGUCCCAAGAGAGCGAGAACAGGCUGCUCACAAAAUGCAGGGAGUUAAAGGCGAAGAUAGUAUCCAACUCUGUCAAAGUAGAUACUGCCCUCAAGUUGACCGAAGACGACGAAUCUCUCGUCACCGUCCUGCAAAAGCCGUGGUCUUGCCUGUUUUCCGCUGGGGGGCUUAAGUUUCAGAAGGACAUCCAGGCUUGCCACGACGAGUGCUCCAGCGAGACCCUGCGGAAGGAGAAGGCGGAGAAGGAGCUGGAGCAGCUGCACGCAGCGGAAGACAAGGAGCACCUGGACAUCAGGGAGCUGAACGCCAGGUGCGGGCAGAUCGAGGAGGAGGAGCGGGGCGUGGAGGAGAAGCUCAGAGCCGACGGGGCUGUCGUCGAGGCCGUCACCGAGGAGCUGGAGGAACUGCGAGCCAAGAACGCCAAGCUCCGGCACGAGAACGAGCAGACUGCUCAGACAGUGGAACACCUGUCCUUGGAGAACCAGCAGAGGACAUCCGAUCUUAAGACCUCGGAGGACCUGGCCGAGGGGCUGAGGCAGGAGAUAUCGCGGCUCGAGCACGCGCGGGAGGUCAACCAGAAGAGGCUGCACCUGACGGAGGACCAGAAGAUGGACACGGAGCAGCAGAGGGACAUGCUGAGGAGCCAGAUCGCGGGACUGGAGAGAGAACUGGAGCUGAACCAGAAGCAGAUGAAGAUUGAUAAGAAAGCCAUUAGGGAACUGAUGCGUGAAAAAGACAUCGUGAACAAGAACCUGAUCAAGGCCGCCACCGCCGCCAAAAAGCAGCUGAACGUGGUGAAGCUCCACGAGCAGUCCAAGAAGAACCUGGAGCUGGAGAUCAAGAACUACAAGGACGAGGCCCGGAAGCAGCAGAAGGUCAUCGCCCAGCUGGAGAAGGAGCGGGACCGCUACAUCAACGAAACCAACGGCAUCCUGGAGGAGGUGCACCACCUGAUGGAGGAGACUCGCGAGAGGGAGCUGGAGAUCUUCGAGUACAGGAAGAAGAUCGCCGACGUGGAGAAGGAAGUCAAACACCAGCAGCACCUGUACGAGGCAGUGAGGUGUGACAAAACCAUCUACAGCAAACACCUCAACGAGAUGCAGGCCGAGAUGACGGACAUGAAGACGCAGCUGAAGAUGAUGCAGUGCGAUGCCGACCAGCUGAAGGAGGAGCUGCACGGGAAGGGGUGCGCCUUCGAGAAGGAAACGCUCGAGUUCCUGGACGUGGAGGACGAGAACAAGCAGCUGAAGGUGGACCUCCACAACAUGAAGGAGCGAGCUCACGAGACGAAGCACGUCAUCGACACGCAGGAAGUGGAGGAGAGCAAGCUGCUCAAGGUCAUAGAGGACACCGACGCCGAGCUGGUCGCGCAGAGGAAGCAGCUGAGCCAGGUAAUCCGUGAGCGGGACAUCCUGGGCCGGCUGCUGGUGGAGCGCAAUAAGAAGGUGGAGUUCCUGUACAAGCGCAUGAAGGUGCAGCAGUACGUGAUGAACAAGGGGGACAUGCACUACAACCAGAUGGUGGAGAACAUCCAGCUGCUGAAGGUGGAGAUCAAGAAGCUGGCCCAGGAGAAGAAGAUCGUGGCCAAGAAAGUGUCGAACAUCGAAGAUCUCCGGCGCGAGGUGAACCUCCUGCAGAAGGAGCUCCUGAAGGAGCAGACGAUGUGCAAAACGCUGGAGGAGGACAUCCAGAUCCUGAAGAACGUGCAUCGAUGGAGGAAGCUCAAGAUCUGUGACCCUGGAACCUACCAACUGAUCCAGAAGAUUCACUUCCUUCAGACGUGCCUGAUAACCAAGUCUAAAGAGCUGGAGGAGACCGAGCUGUUAUUACAGCGGAGGCAGAAGUCGUGCGUGCAGCUGAAGCACGUCCUGGCCCGCCAGCCCGGUCCCGAGGUUGCCGAGCAACUGAAGAUCUACCAGCAGACCAUGAGGGGGAAGAGGAGACAGCUCCAGUCACUUCGAUCGGACGUGAACACUUGCAUGACGCAAAAAAUGGAGCUCAAGAACAAGAUCGAUAUCCUGGACCACGAGCUGAAAAAUGUCACGAACAAGUACAUCGCCAAGAAGCGGCAAGAACUGGAGACCAGCGCGGGCCAGGCACCAGAGAAGGCGUCGUCCCCCCGGACCGCGCCGUCCGUCCCGGACGCCUCCUCCCUGCGCCUCGCGAACAUCUCGAGCGCGGCGCUGAUCCAGCGGAUGGACAGCCUCUCGGCCGGGUGCCUGCGCACGUCCGCCUGCCCCCGCACCUCCGAGCGCUAGCAGCCGCACGUGCCCGCUAAGCCGUGACAGCGUCGCUCCUCCUCACCGGUUUCGGCGUUUUCCCGGGGUGAGAUUGAUCAGCGAGCAGACGCAGGUUCACAGCGAGCUGCUCGCAGAUCCAACCCGCUGACUCGGAGCCAAAGACACCCACUGAAAAUCAGAAUAAAAAACAUGCACUUCGAAA